AUGUUAUAAGAUUGUCAAAAGAUCUUGUGUAACACAUGAGGUAUGUUUGCGUGUCUUUAAUCUGUUGUGAUGUUCCUAAAGAUCUGACUGCAGGUUUCAGGAAGUCUUGAGGCUUUAACACUUUCUGUGUCUUUAACCAUCUGUCACCAUUCGGUCAGUAUGAAGCUCAGUCAACUUCCUCUUGUGUUCUUGCUGAUUUCAAACAUCCACUCUGGACAAGAAAGACCAAAAGUCAAAGUGACCAUUAAACCUGCUCAACAUGUAUUCAGAGGAGAGAUAGUCACUCUCAGAUGUGACAUUGAUGGUGACGGAAUCACUAGCUGGCAGUACAGCUGGUAUAAAGAUGAUUCAAACAGUGUUUUCAGUGAACUACAGGAACACACGUUCAGUCCUGUUACUGAGUCUGACGCAGGUAAAUACUCCUGUUAUGGAGCAGAGAGAGGAGGAUCACGAACAUCAAACAUCAGUGAUGAAGUUACACUGACAGUAUCAGACAGACUCCAGGCAGUUUUAAGUGUUUCUCCACAGAAGUGGUUGACUGAAAGAGAUUCAGUGACUCUGAUCUGUGAGGUUUAUGGCUCCUCUACAGACUGGACAUUCAGCUGGUUCACUCUAACUACAUCAUCAGAAAGCAGCAUUCAUUAUCAGCUGCUCUCAGACAGCAGCAGAGGAGCUGGAGGAAUCUACACUUUCAGUUAUGCUGCUCUAACACACACAGGAGUUUAUGUGUGCAGAGCAGAGAGAGGAAAACCAGCAUAUAAAACAACCUACAGCAACAAACAUCCAGUAUGGGUCACUAGUGUUUCUUCUCCAGGCUCUCUGGUCAUCAGUCCCAGCAGAACUCAACACUUUACAUCUGUCUCUCUCUCUCUGAGCUGUGAGGACCAGAGUAACUCUGAUAGAUGGAGAGUAAGAAGAUACACAGAGAGUGGGGGGCUGGAAGAUUGUUCAUCACCAGUGUGGGGAUCACAAACAGGAUCUACAUGUACAAUCAACUCCACCAUCACAUCAGACACUGGAGUGUAUUGGUGUCAGUCUCAAUCUGGAAUGAAAUAUCAUCCUGUUAAUAUAACAGUACACUCUGGUGUGAUUCUGGAGAGUCCUGUUCAUCCUGUGAUUGAAGGAGAUACUCUGACUCUACGCUGUUUAUAUCAACAUUCAACUCCACCAAACCUCAGAGCUGAUUUCUAUAAAGAUGGAUCACUCAUCCAGAAUCAAACUACAGAGAUGAUCAUCUCUACUGUCUCAAAGUCACAUGAGGGUUUCUACUACUGCAAACACUCAGAGAGAGGAGAGUCACCCAAGAGCUGGAUCUCAGUCAGAGAAAGACCAAAAGCCAAAGUGAGUAUUAAACCUACUCAACAUGUAUUCAGAGGAGAGAUAGUCACUCUCAGAUGUGACAUUGAUGGUGGAGGAGUCACUUGCUGGCAGUACAGCUGGUAUAAAGAUUAUUCAAACAGUGUUUUCAGUGAACUACAGGAACACACAUUCAGUCCUGUUACUGAGUCAGAUGCAGGUAAAUACUCCUGUUAUGGAGCAGAGAGAGGAGGAUCACGAACAUCAAACAUCAGUGAUGAAGUUACACUGACAGUAUCAGAUAGAGCCCAGGCAGGUUUAAGUGUUUCUCCACAGAAGUGGUUGACUGAAGGAGAUUCAGUGACUCUGAUCUGUGAGGUUUAUGGCUCCUCUACAGACUGGACAUUCAUCUGGUACACUGCAUCAUUAGAAAGCAGCAAUCAUUUUCAGCUGCUCUCAGACAGCAGCAGAGGAGCUGGAGGAAACUACACUGUCAGUUCUACUGCUCUAAAACACACAGGAGUUUAUGUGUGCAUAGCAGAGAGAGGAGAACCAGCCUAUAAAACAACCUACAGCAACACACAGCCAGUAUGGGUCACUGGUGUUUCUCCUCGAGUCUCUCUGAUCAUCAGUACCAGCAGAACUCAACACUUCACAUCUGACUCUUUCUCUCUGAGCUGUGAGGACCAGAGUAACUCUGAUAGAUGGAGAGUGAGAAGAUACACAGAGAGUAAACAGCUGGAAGAUUGUUCAUCAUCAGUGUGGGGAUCACAAACAGGAUCUACAUGUACAAUCAACUCCACCAUCACAUCAGACACUGGAGUGUACUGGUGUCAGUCUGAAUAUGAAGAGAAAUUUGAUCCUGUUAAUAUCACUGUACACUCUGGUGUGAUUCUGGAGAGUCCUGUUCAUCCUGUGAUUGAAGGAGAUACUCUGACUCUACACUGUUUAUAUCAACAUUCAACUCCACCAAACCUCAGAGCUGAUUUCUAUAAAGAUGGAUCACUCAUCCAGAAUCAAACUACAGAGAUGAUCAUCUCUAUUGUCUCAAAGUCACAUGAGGGUUUCUACUACUGCAAACACUCAGAGAGAGGAGAGUCACCCAAGAGCUGGAUCUCAGUCAGAGCUUCCUCCAGAACAUCAAGAUCUGAAUGGUUCAGUCUCGUCAUAAUUGGAGUGGCUGCAGGACCGACCGUCACAUUUGUGAUCAUUGUUUUCUUGGUCCUUCUGUGGCACUACAGAAACAAAAAAGGUGUAAGAUCUCAGUCUCCCUCUCGUGUCAGUCAACAGAUGAACAUCAGUCAGACAUCAGAGCAGAACCAGAGUGACAUGCGUUACAACACACUGCUGUUUGGAACUGCUCAUAUUUAUGACUCUGUUGAUGCAACUAUCAAUAAAGACAUAAACACAGGUGCUGGAUCUUAUGAUAUGACUUAUGGUAUUAGGCUCAGAAGUUCAAUGGAUCAGCUAAAACCUCCAAUUGAACUUCAAGGAAACAUCUCAGAGAACUGGUGAACCUGAAUAUAGAAGUUUGAGCUGUAUCUCAUUGCAAGCACAGGAAUGAUAAAAUGUACUACGUUUCUUCACAUUGCCAAUGAUAAAGAACUAAUGUGAUUCUGAUGAGGAAUGGAUUUUGAUGAGGAAGAAUCUAAUGAUUUUGAAGCUCCGAAAAAAAAAAAAAAAUCAUUACUGUGAAGCAUGGCAACUAAGGCAUUAAAAAAGAAAAGAAAAAACAAGGCUAAAUAAUGUGAAUUCACACAGCUGACUGUCAGUGUUGUGGACUUGAGUUACCUUGUUUUACCCCCGUCUUAGUUUCCUUAGUUGGUCAUGUUUCUUGUUCCUGUCUUCAGUUCCAUUAAUUCCAGUUGUUUCCUGUUUUAGUUAAUUUGGUUCCAGCCGUGUCUCAUCAGUGUCUGUCUUUAAAUAGUGUCCUCAGUUCUCAGUUCUCUGUCUACUGUAAUAUGUCAUUAAAUGUCAUUAAUCUGAAUGUAAUUUAUCUGUUUGUAUCUCCGUGUGCAUUUAAUUAAAUAUUCUACU